AUGAAGAUUUUUACAAUUUUACAAAGUUCAUUCGUUUUAAGUGCUGUUUUCGCCGCUGUUUUACCAGACUCAAAUGAUUCAAAUCAAUUGGAAUUAAAUCCUUUAGAAGAUGAUGAAAGUUCAAGUUCUAAUGAUGAUUCAAAUGAUGAUAUUCCAACUCUGUGUUCCAAAGGUGAAUAUGUUAUUUCUUCAAGUGCUCAAUUAGAACAAUUAUAUGAAUGUGAUGAUAUCAUUGGAUCUUUAAUCAUUUCAAACUAUCAACAACCAACUAUUGAUACUGGUGAUAUUAAAACCAUUUCUGGUGAUUUUGUUGUUGUUAAUGCAACUAAUUUAGUUAGAGUUGAUACUCCAAAAUUAAGAAAAGUUGGUGGUGAAUUUGUUUUAAAAGAAUUAACAAGUUUAACUUCAUUAAAUUUACCUCGUUUAACACAAAUUGGUUCAAUUCGUUGGAAUGUUUUACCAAUUUUAAGUACUGUUAGUUUUGGUGAUAAUGUUGAAAAAAUUAGUAGUAUUAUUAUUUCAGAUACUUCAUUAAUUGGAUUUGCAGGUUUUAAUGUUGAAUAUCUUGAUAUUUUAAAUUUAAAUAACAAUAGAUUUUUAGAAAGUAUUAAUUUAAAUUUAAAAGGUGUUAAACAACAAUUAAGUGUUAGUGCAAAUGCAAAAAACAUUUUAGUUUCAUUCCCACAUUUAGAAUGGGCAAAUAAUGUUACAAUUAAAGAUGUUUCAUCAAUUAAUUUAGAUGCUAUUGAAAAAGUUAAUAGUUCAUUAGAAGUUAUUGAUAAUAAUUUCCAAGCUUUUAAAUUACCAAAAUUAUCAAGUGUUGGUGGUACUUUAAGUCUUAUUGAAAAUUAUAAUUUAAAAGAAAUUGAAUUUCCAAAUGUUUCAGAAAUUGGUGGUGGUUUGAAAAUUGUUAAUAAUACUCAAGUUGGUAAAAUUAAUUUUUUCCCUAAAUUAAAUGUUAUUGGUGGUGCAAUUGAAUUUUUAGGUGAUUUUAAAGAAGCUUCAUUUAAUAAAUUAAAAUUAGUUAAAGGUAGUGCAAUUAUUAAUAGUAAAUCUGAUGGAUUAGAUUGUUCUAAAUGGAUUCAUGGUGGUUCAACAGAUGAUUCUGUUGGAGCUUCAAUCAUUAGAGGUGGUAAUAUUGUUUGUACAGCUGGUUCAAAACAACAAACUAUUAAAUUUGAUCAAGAAGGUGAAAUUAUUGAUGAAGAAAUUUCAAUCAUUGAAGAUAAUGAUAGUAAACGUAAAAAUGUUGAUUAUUCAAAUAAUGGUAAUAAAUUAUCUUGGAAAAUUGAUUUAACUGAUUUUAUCUUUGGUUUAGGAAUUCUAUUACUUGUAUCAAUUUAG